AUGUUCGGUGGUUUGGGAGGACUUGAAACUUCUAUUGAUGCGGAUCAAGAUUUAAAAUGCACCGGCGAAGAAGCGGAUGCUUUGUUUGAUUUAUGGAUAAACACAUGCCCCGGUCAAGGAAGUCGUACAAUAAGAACUGAG